UUAAUUUAAUCUUUCAUUUCUUAUUAUAUAUGUAUAUAAUUAUUAAUCACUCCCGCUCAUUUCCCCAAACUUUGUUGAAGCUAAUUUUACUCUCUCCCAAAAAACCCUAAAGCUAACAACUCCACUGAUUUCUUCAGAAGAAUUCAAGAAUUGCUGUAUCUUAGCAUUUAACAAACACCCAUUUGAGUUUUUUGGUAAUUUAUUGCUUAAAGGAGAAUAUCAAUUGCUUUCCUUAUAUGCUUUAGUUAUGGGCAGUUCAGAGGUGUUAGAGAAUUGGGUGGUGAGAAAUGGGAAUCGGAAUGGUGUGAAGUCAUGUGGUGAUGAGGUCCGUGGGAUGACAAAUGGCGGGUUUGAGCAAAUGGUUAAUGGUGCAAAGGAAAAUGAGAAUUUGGGUGAUGAGAUUUUGGAGGAUUUUGAAACAUACUGGGAAGAUGUUAAUGACCGCUUAAUGGUAUCAAGGAUGGUAAGUGACUCAGUGAUUAAGGGGAUAGUGAGUGCGGUGGAACAAGAGGCAGCUGAGAGACUAGUGACUAAGGAUAUGGAAUUAGCCAACUUGAAGGAAUAUUUGCAAUUUCAUGAAGGGGGUCUUAGCAAAACUGAACUUGAAUCUUUUGGGUCACUUAUGUCGCAGAAUGAGCUAGAAAGCAUGGAUUUUCGAAAAUGUAUGACUUUAUCAGAUGUUUUUAUGGAGCAUGGUAAGAUGGGAGAGUUUCUAGAUGGGCUAAGAAGUUUGGCGAAAGAUGAAUUCAAGAAGUUGAAGAAGAGUAUUGAUGAGCUCAGAGGAUCCAAUUCUGUUAGUAACAAGAUCUCUCGCUCUGAGAUGGCGAAACUAGAAGGUAUUCUACAGGAGAAAGAAUCUGGAAUUUGGGUUCAGUUGGACAAAACACUAGACAACAUAAGAAUGAUGGUGGACACCGUCUUUAAACGUAUGGAUGUUAUGCUACAGUUGUCCAAGACAUCACUUCAUCACUGGCAGGAGGAACAUCUAAUCAAAGUGGAGCUUGAGUCCAUGGUAAUGCGGUGUGUAAUUCGGACCGUGCAAGAAGAAUUUGAGUACAAACUGUGGGACCAGUAUGCUCAAUUAUGUGGUGACCGAAAUGAGAAGUUGAAUGCCAUCUCUAGUUUACGGACGGAGUUGGAUGCUGUUUUGAAGUCAUUGUCAAGUUCAGAAAAUGGGCAUGUGACUUCCCAUGGAUCGCAUGAUGCAGAUUUCUUUACACGCAAGAAAUCAAGUGAGUACGUGACUUCUACAAAAUCAGUUUGGGAUGGAAAUGGAAAGCUGGAGGAUUCUAAGACUGAUAUACCUGAGAAUUUUGAUGCUGUCACGUUGAAGCACAUGUCAAAAGAUGAAAUGGUGACCUAUUUUAAUAAUAUAAUGACAAAGAUGAAGAGACACCAUGAGUCCAUUCUGCAAAAGAAAACCGAUGAAUAUUUUGUUCUAAGGGCAGAGUAUUUAAAUCUUAGAGGAGGCUCUGUUGUGCCUCAUAAAAAGGAUAAGGGUGAAUCUGACAUUCUAAGGAAGAAGAUUCCAGAAAUUAUAUUCAAAUUGGAUGAUAUUCUGGUAGAGAAUGAAAAACAUCCUGCAUUUACCCAGGAGACUCUAAGUUUCGGUAACUUAAAGGAUAGGCUUGAUAACCUUCUUUCUGAAAAUCACCAGCUUAGAGACUUGGUUAAAGAAAAGAAAAAUGAAGUUAAGUCCCUUUUGUCCCAAGUUUCAGAUGCCACUGAGAAGAGGCUGCAACAUUCUUUGGCAGAAGCAGGCAUGCUAAAACAGAUAGGAGAACUCAAUUUAGCCAUGGAAGAGUCACUGAUAGGAGGUUCUGUAAGGGAAGACGUGUAUACCUGUUUUCUAAGAGAUCUCAGUGGCGGGGCAAGAAAUGAAGUUGAGGAGUUAAACUUGGGAUUUAAUAUGAUUAAUGAAAGUAAUGAUACUAGUGCUGGAAGUACCAGAAAAAUUGAAAUUGAAGAUUUAGAGAUGGAGUGCCUGAUUAUGCAAGAAAUUUGUGGAGUGAUUUCCGGUGAAGGCAUUAAGGAGGCUAAAGAUAUGCUUAAGGAACUGUAUUUGGAGCAUUUGAAUGAAAAAGAAAUUCGAACUUCUCUUGAUACAAAACUUAUUGAGAUGGAAAACAAAUUAAAAUUCGAGGUUGAAGAGAAGGACAGACUGAUGCAGAUGGAAAAGUUAGUGAACGAGAAGGAGAAGUUAGCAACAGAUGCAUCAGCUGCUCUAGCAAAAGAGAGGGUUCAGUCUGAGCAGGUUCGUCAAGAGUUGAAUGCUGCGAAAGAAUUUGCAAGUCAACAACAAACAUUAGCUUCUGGGUGCAACAAAGAAGUAAAUGUAAUAAAGGGCCAGUUGGCAGAAGCAGUGGAGCGAAUUGAAGUACUGAAAGAGGAGGUAGCCCAAUUAAAUAUAAGUCUUGAGGAGAAGACUGAGGAGUUAAAAGAAGCUAAUCACAGGGCAAAUAUGGUCCUUGCUAUUUCUGAAGAGAGGCAAACUCUUUUGUCCUCUCUUGAAUCAAAAGAAAUAGCGCUAAGAAAGCAGGUGGAAAAAAUAAUUGGUAAUAUAAAUGAAUCGUCAAAAAUGAUUGCUGAUUUUGAAUGCAGGGUGACAGGAAGGUUGAAAACAAAUAAUGCAAGGUUUGAGCACUCGUUUUCUCAAAUGGAUUGUCUUGUUAAGAAGGCCAAUUUGCUGAGAAGAACAACACUACUGUAUCAACAAAGGCUUGAAAAACGAUGUUCAGACCUUAAAUUGGCUGAGGCUGAGGUUGAUCUUUUGGGAGAUGAGGUGGAUACACUUCUAAGCCUAGUUGAGAAGAUUUACAUAGCGCUUGAUCAUUACUCGCCAGUUUUACAGCAUUAUCCUGGGAUUAUGGAGAUUCUUAAGCUGAUCAAAAGGGAAUUAACUGGAGAGUCUACCAAGCUAGUAAAAUCAUCUCCUGCUUAAGAUAAAGAGUCUAAUUCCCGGUGUUUUUUCAUUCCAAUCCUGCUGGUCCUAGUUUGAAGUUCAACACGAUGCUAGAAAAACAGAUUUUAGUUCAGCGGGACAGACGACAUGUAGUUUGUAGCAACUUGAAAUAGCACAAAGUUCUUGAAGUUUCAACUGACCUGUCUUGUAGAGGGUGAGAUCCUAGUUAGUUCUGUAUAUUGUGUAUCAUCAUCGGACAGGAAAAUCCCCACAUCUUAGUUGCAGCUGUGAAAUUUUAGGUACAUUUUGUCAGCUUUCUUGUAUAUAGAGAAUCAAAAUGUACAGCCUACUUUAGGCUAGUUUAGUUAUGGAAAUCCAUGUGUUUAUCAUUUUUCUUUUAUUGAAUAAUUCAAUUCUGGAAC